CUAGAAGUACCGGAGAUGUGUUGGACGGCGACGGUCGGGGGAAGAGCCAACCUAGCCAACCCCCUGCCGCCUUGUGCAACACAUCUUCUGUUCUGCGGUAAAGAUGGCGGCGUCAGAGGGGGCGCGCAGCAGACGGACCAUGGCGACAACGUUUUGAAAAAAGCUCCACAUUUGAGCAAAACUCGCCCGUUCAUCUUCUUCCCGGACGACGCCUGAUUCUCCGGUGUAAAGACGGUCGCUGUCACGCCGCGGGGGUGGUUGUUUUUUUUGUUUAGAACCCGGGCAGUUAUGGAUUUCUGUGAUUACUGCUAACAUCAGCUAACUGUUUAGCCAAGCCAGCUAAUACGGGAUAGUUAGCGGCGAGGAGCGUAAGGAGGAGGAGGGGUAUUGAGGAACGCUAUUCGGCACGCAGGCUCCUCCAGCGCAGGGGAAUGUGAGCCAGAGGCGCGCUGGGGUUUGCUCGCUUGGUCCCGAACGUCCUUACGACAAACUACCGGGAUGGGACAGCAGGUAGGCCGCGUCGGUGAGGGCACAUCGACCGGACUGCAGCCACCACAGCCCCACGCGUCCCAAGGAAACCAAGGAAAGGGGAACCGGGGGAGCGUCGCCGGGAGGAGACCCCGAGAGCCCGGCAGUAACAUCGGCACACCGCCGGGUAGGACCACUGCGAUCAACGUGCCUGACCCGUCGAUCAAUAUAUUCACCAAGCAUUCAGAAGCUCUCCACAGGCCAUUUGGGCUAGAUUCUGCGGCCCUGACAGAAGCGGUACGCUGGAGCUCCAAGGAGAACCUAUUGGGGGCGGCUGAGAGUGACCCCAACCUGUUUGUUGCACUUUAUGACUUUGUGGCCAGUGGAGACAACACGCUCAGCAUCACUAAAGGCGAGAAACUGCGUGUGCUCGGCUAUAACCAAAAUGGAGAGUGGAGCGAGGUUCGCUCCAAGAAUGGCCAGGGUUGGGUCCCUUCCAACUACAUCACACCUGUAAACAGCCUAGAGAAGCACAGCUGGUACCAUGGGCCUGUGUCGCGAAGUGCCGCCGAGUACCUGCUUUCAUCCCUCAUCAAUGGCAGCUUCCUUGUCCGAGAAAGCGAGAGCAGUCCGGGACAGCUUUCUAUUUCCCUUCGCUACGAGGGGAGAGUCUACCACUACCGGAUCAACACUUCCUCGGAUGGAAAGGUGUAUGUGACAUCUGAGAGCCGCUUCGCCACCCUGGCCGAGCUGGUCCAUCACCACUCCACUGUAGCCGAUGGCCUGGUCACUACACUACACUACCCAGCACCCAAGUGCAACAAGCCCACCGUGUACGGCGUGUCACCCAUCCACGACAAGUGGGAGAUGGAACGCACCGACAUUACCAUGAAGCACAAGCUCGGAGGUGGCCAGUACGGCGAGGUGUACGUGGGCAUGUGGAAGAAGUACAACCUCACAGUCGCUGUCAAAACACUCAAGGAGGACACUAUGGAAGUAGAGGAAUUUUUAAAAGAGGCUGCUGUCAUGAAGGAGGUUAAACAUCCAAACCUGGUUCAGCUUCUUGGCGUGUGUACGUUGGAGCCUCCGUUUUAUAUUGUGACGGAGUACAUGCCUCACGGCAACCUUCUGGACUACUUGAGAGACUGCGACAAGGAGGAAGUGAAUGCUGUGGUUUUGCUCUACAUGGCUACGCAGAUCUCCUCAGCAAUGGAGUACUUGGAGAAAAAGAACUUCAUCCACAGGGACCUCGCGGCGAGGAACUGCCUGGUGGGUGAAAAUCAUGUGGUGAAAGUGGCAGACUUCGGUCUGAGCAGGUUGAUGACUGGUGACACCUACACUGCACACGCUGGGGCCAAGUUCCCCAUCAAGUGGACUGCGCCAGAGAGUCUUGCAUACAACACCUUCUCCAUCAAGUCUGAUGUAUGGGCGUUUGGGGUCCUCCUGUGGGAAAUUGCCACCUAUGGCAUGUCUCCGUACCCAGGCAUUGAUCUGUCUCAGGUUUAUGAUCUUCUAGAGAAGGGGUACCGCAUGGAACAGCCAGAGGGAUGCCCGCCAAAGGUGUAUGAACUCAUGAGGGCAUGCUGGCAGUGGAGUCCAUUUGACCGGCCAUCGUUCGCAGAAAUCCACCAAGCCUUUGAGACAAUGUUCCAUGACUCCAGCAUCUCAGAAGAGGUCGCGGAGGAGCUCUGUAAAACGGCAUCCUCCGGUCAUGGCGGUCCUCUGCAUUCCUUCGACACGCCCCUGCUGCCCUCCAAAUCCCGCACAACCCACAAGCACACAGAAAACAAGGAAAACAUCGAGGGAGGGAUCGACGGGAGGCCAGACCAGGGCACGCAUGUUCCCUCAGGCUGGACAUCUUUAUUAGGAAGCGAUGGACGUACAAGCAGUUCCCCAGCACUCCCCAGAAAACAGCAGCCCCGUGAUAAAUCUCCUGGGAGUCUUUUAGAGGACGCACUGGACACAGGUGCGUUCACGCGUGAUCGCAAGACUGGCUUCUUCAGCUCCUUCAUCAAGAAGAAGUCGUCAUCAUCAUCUUCUGCGUCCUCCUCUCCGUCCUCCCUGCAUCAACAAAACCUCCCGACACCUCCCAAAAGGAGCAGCUCCUUUCGAGAGAUGGAAACACAGCCGCACAAGAAAUAUGAGCCCACUGCUGAUUUCAGCCCCCCGCCUCCACUCCCGCAGUCGGACAGUUUAGGGGGCUUUUCUGCUUCCCCUUCUCAUUCCCAAGGCGAACCCGCCCAGACUCAGUCGCGCUGCUGUGGGGCUACAUUUGGACAGAAACCCUCUGGCGCAGGACUUGCUUCACAGAUAACAAGCGGCAGUAGCUGGGGAGGACUCGCCGGCUUUUUUACCCCCAGGCUUAUCAAAAAGACCCUCGGGCUGCGGACAGGAAAGGCAGUCUGCUCAGGGGAUGGUGGAAACAUGGUUGAGGGGCCUAAACCCUUACCUAGGUCCAAUUCUACCUCCUCAAUGUCAACCGGGUUGCCGGACCUGGAGCGUAUUGCUUUGACUUUACCCAGGAACCGCAGUGCUAAAACCCCUCUGGAGAGGACUGCUUCAACCACCUCCCAGCCAGAAAAUGGGGCUUCCCGUCCCCAUGAACCUCUGCUCAGGAGGAUGGAUGAGGGCACUGCGCAGAUCAGGGAAAGGCCCAAAGCCAAGCUGCUACCCCGGAACACUGCCACAGGAGGGAGAGCGCCCGUGGUGGCGGGGGAAGUCGGUGAAUCGGACACCGUGUCCCGGGUGAGGGAGGGGAGAGAAGACGGCGGGGCAGGAUUGGAAAGGCAGCAAAGCUGGUCAUCCCCCUCUAAGACUUCUAGUUCAGCGGCAUCAUCGUGCGCAGCAGGUGCACAAACACACAACCACAAAGUUCCGGUUCUCAUUUCCCCCACGUUGAAGAACAGCCCCGGCGACGUGCACCUCGUCGGGCUGGACUCUCAGGGGAACCGCUUCAAACUGCUGUCCGAGCACCAGGCCGACCGGGACAGGCCGCGGCUCGUCAAACCCAAGUGCGCGCCGCCUCCUCCGCCGACCUUACGUGGCAUGCAACAUUCCUACAGCGGCGAGGGAGAAGAACAGGUAGGAGCCUCAGCGGUCGAAGUCAACGGAGACACAUUAAAAGGCCACAGGUCGGGGCGGUUGUCAGGAGGAGUGACUACAAUCAGACCGUCAGUGCCACCACCACAAGUGCCUCCUGCAUCCUCCACAACGUCCACUAAAAUGGCCAACGGGGCACCCAGCACAGCCUCCUCCUCCUCACACUCCACAGCUGGCUCCAAAGUGGCACUACGGCGAACCAGACAGCCGUCGGAGAGGGUCCCGCCCGAGCGGGUCAGCCGCGAGGCCCUGCUGGAAUGCGCCGAGUGCCUGAGCAGUGUCCUCCACACCAGCUCCGAAAGCCCAUCCAGCAGCCAAGUGCUGGAUGCUGGCCACCAGCUGCUGGACUACUGCUCAGGUUAUGUGGACUGCAUCCCUCAGAUGAGGAACAAGUUUGCCUUCCGUGAGGCGGUGGGGAAGCUAGAGCUCAGUCUGCAGGAGUUGAGGGCCUCGUCCACGGGUGGUGGAGGGCUGAGCUGCGUGGGCUCGAACAGCGUACUAGACACCCUGCACAGUUGCAUUAAAGAGAUUAGCGACGUAGUCCAGAGGUAGCCGACACUAACUGUCACAACCACAUCAAAAUUCUCUUUCAGAUUCCUUUAACCGUUUGGAUAUGAGAACAAUGUAUAAAGUACCUCAGAGAAAUCACUACAAAAUAUAAUUUUUUUUUUUUUAAUUGUUUACAGUUGUUUCAUAAAAUGCCAGUGUGGACUCUUCCUUUCGGCUCAGUCUGACCUGUACAUAUACGGACUACCGUGAUGCCAAGCCAAACGUGGUUCAAGUCCGAAACGUGAAAUGUUUGCCUCGCGCCGGCCAUAAUCAUGAAAUGAAUGUCAAGCGUGUGUCGCUGAAGUCGAAGCCCACUCCGCUUGUGUGUUAAGUCUGUCGAUUGUGCUCAGCCUUACUGACAAGCAGACAGUCGUUUGCCCCUGUCGAGCUCAACGUUUCAUGAAUGUGUGACUUAUGGGUCGGGUGCAAUGUGUUUCUAGGAGCAUUUUGCACGAUGUCUAGCAUCUGAGGGACCAUAACUAAUUCUUGAAAGCCAUUUUACAACAGACAGGCAACAGCGCCAAGAUUUUAGGUUUGUUUGUUUGAUUUAAAACAUGAUCACUGUGUUUUAUAAUAGGGAUGUGCAUUUGACUAAAUUUCCUUCAGUGACUACGGGAUCAAUUAACUUACUGCCCGCAGUUUUCAAAGCAGAGGGCAGUGGCUUUUUUUUUUCCCUCACAAUUUUUAAGAUUCAUUCAAAUUUAGCUGCAAUUGUUAACACCCUUCUCUGUGAUGUGUCAAAUUUAGACAUAUUUUCAAUUCACAGGGACUAUUACUGUAAAGCAAUGAUUUUACCUAUCCCUACUUUAGAACAGAACUUGGGAUUUCAGUAUGGGACAUAAAUAUCAUCUCUUUUAAUAUGCAUGAAAUUAUAAGUACAAAUCUAUUUCAUGACUGUAAUUUACCUACUUCACCACCAGGUAGGGAGACCACAUAGUUUGUUGUUGUGGUGGUAUCAGCCACAGCCUUUUUUAGUGAUUAAAUAUGUUUUUUUUUUUUUAAGUCGGGAAUGUAAAAUACAAAUAUUUUGGAGUUAAAUAUUUUACUCUAUUUCCCCACAAUAUUCAAAAGAAAUUGAAUGUUUUUUUGCAUUUGACAUUAAUGAAUUUCACUCCUAGCACGUCCUCAAAAGCAUUUCAAUGUUGAUCUUUGGAUGUCCUUUCGCACCACAUUUUAUCCUCGAGAGGAGCACAGGGUAGCGCACUAGGCCACUUCGGACAGCAUUCCUUCGAAGUGUCCUUGCGUGUUAUUGACAGUGCAGGACUCCCUGUAGCCUCUGUGGUCUCAGUGCCUCACAUGUCAGCAAUUUAUGAAAUCCAGUUCAAACACACUGAGUGUUCAUCACACUAAUCACACAGUACUAACUCUUAUAGACUAAUCUGCAGUCUGUCUUCAGCACAUGAGCAAUUUGUACAUUUGAUUUAACGAAAGAAUGAUUUCUAGAAUGUCUAUGUAUGAACUUGAAUUUUAAAUUAUUUUUUUUGUUUAAAUUAAAAGCACAGUUUUUUUUCAGGGGGGGUGUUCUUUUUUUAUUUCAUAUCCAGAAAACAGUUUAUGUUGUAGUCACAGAUGAUGUUUUACAGCAAGGGUGGGGGAUCUACGGCUCGUGAGAACAUUUGAUCCGGCCUGCUAAGCAGUUCUAAAAACAAAACUACAGAGUUUAAAAAAUAUAUAUAUAAAAUUGGCCCUAAUAAGACAAAGGUUCCCCACCCCUGUCUUAGACUGAGGCCUAUCCAACUGCUUUCUGAAUGUCGUAUUCAGUUCUGAAGUCAUUGCAUGUUCUUCAGAAUGAACAUGUCAUCGCUUAAGGUGCUGUUUUGUUAAUUUAUUCUUUCCCAAUUAAUCACUGACCCGUAUUUGUAGUCCAAGAUGCUCUGUUUUAUUGAGCACAAGCUGCAAGAAUUGUACAUUUAUGCACGCGAACACAGAGAUCAUGUUGUUCAUUUAGGCUCACAGCUUAAUGUACACUGGAUAAGGCCUCACACAGUAAAUCGUUGGCACAUGUUGUAUGUAAAAGUCUAACAUUUGCAUUGAAACACUGUAGGUCCAUAACACAUACCUUUACACAUACUGUGAGUCUCAAAUAUCAAGCAAAAUGUCAUUUUUCUGUGACUCUUGGUGCCUUUUAUGUGAGCAAAUUUCUUUCAAGAAUCUACAGCCUCAUAAAAACAUUCAUGUGCCAAAUUUCUGUUGAAUUACACAUUUCAGACUUA